AUGCGAUACUCUAUCCUGCUUCCAGCUCUGGCGGCCUUCGGUUCGACUUUUGCGAGACCGAAACAACCGGAAUUUACCAAUACCACCACCUUACCUACCCACUUCGGACUGGUCGUAUUCCCACACUAUCAAGCUCUCGACAUAUUUGGUCCUAUGGACCUCCUCAACACACUCUUUAUGUACUACCAAAACUCCACUAUCGUGCCGAAAUUCUCGGUUCUCAGCAAAACUAUGGAUCCCGUCACGUCGGCCAUGAUGACUGGAGGCUUUGGCCAGGAGAUUAUGCCUACCACAACAUUCCCGGAUUACCUGGCGAGCCGCGAACAAAGUGCAGGCAACCACAUGGCCGUUGUGAAGAGCAGGCGUCAGAGCCAUGAUGGUAUGCAUUUGCCUCCUGCGACAGACAAGGGUGACAUAGAUGUUCUCAUCGUCCCUGGCGGUGGUGGCACCCGCAGGAACAUGACUGAAGAGAUCAAUUUCGUCAAGCAAACUUAUCCAAAGCUCAAAUAUAUAGUCUCCGUCUGCACCGGCGCAACAAUCCUAUCCCGCGCGGGUAUACUCGACGGCCGCAGAGCAACAACAAACAAGGCGGCCUGGGAAUGGGCUGUGAAACAGGGUCCCAAUGUAACUUGGGUUCCCACUGCACGUUGGGUCGAAGACGGCAACAUCAUCUCGACCAGCGGUGUGUCGGCAGGCAUCGAUGGAAUGUAUGCGUUUGUCAGUAAGGUUUAUGGCGAAGAAGUAGCUCAUUUCCUGAGCUUGGGUCUGGAGUAUAACCGUGAGACGGAUGCGCAUCAUGAUCCCUUUGGUAAGAUCUGGGAUGUUCCGGGUGCUGAUUAG